AUGAUCCGAGCUGCCUCCAUUCUCAGACGACAGGCUCUGAAUGCCAUAGUAGAAGCCCCAUCACGACCUCUAACGAAUCUAGAAAAGGGGCUGGAACUAGAACUAGCUACCAUCCAAGUCUUUUCUCAACUUGGAUUCCAUCUUCGACAUGUAGGAGGAGCUAAUGACAAGGGAGUUGAUCUAAGAGGAACUUGGAAUAUACAGCCACCACCAUCACAACCACCACAUGUAAACGUCAUAAUACAAUGUAAAAAUGAAGCGUCCUCAAUCGGCCCCAAAUCCAUUCGAGAAUUCGAAGGCACAUUAUCCAAAGAAACCGGGCUGACUCUGGGCUUAUUUGUAUCCUCACGGGGCCUCACAAAGAAAUCCAUGCAAGCUAUACAUGCUUCGACUUUACCUAUUGGAUUUGCUACCCUAAUUCUAAAUAAUAGUAGUUCUCAAACAUUGCUGAAGGAGUUGCAAUUCAAUCAUGCAGCUCAACGGAAAGUGAUGCCUUCUAAUAUAGUACUGGCUCCACGGUAUAUACAGGCUUCAGAUGGAAGCUGGACGAGACAAGUUGUUAUUGUUGCUGUUUAA